AUGUCUUUUGGCACCAACAUGAGAACGGGCUUCUUGGUGCAGGACAUCCUGGAUCUGCCCGACUCCCUCACCGGGAGAUGCGGCUCCGGGACCGAGGAGACAGAGGAGGACGACACCGAGGAGGCCUCCGUGGAGGUUUCCGGCGCAGAAAACGUGCAGAAACUGGGAUUUACCGGGAGGAAUAUGCGCGAGAGAGGCGAGGGGAGCUUCAGCAGGUGGAGCUGCGGAUCCGGUAACCUGCACUUCUCAUUACACGGUCUUUCCCGGACCGAGCCUAAAUCUCCAGAGUUCUCCCCGGACCCGGAGAUGGAUGCUGCGGGCGGCUCUGAGCAGAAGAGCCGGGGCAGGAAGCGCAGAGUCCUGUUCUCCAAAGCCCAGACCUUCGAGCUGGAGCGUCGCUUCCGGCAGCAGCGCUACCUGUCCGCCCCGGAGAGAGAGCACCUGGCCGGGCUCAUCCACCUCACCCCGAACCAGGUGAAGAUCUGGUUCCAAAACCACCGAUACAAGAUGAAGCGGGCCCGGACGGAGCGCAGCCUGGAGGCGCUGCAUCCGCUGCCGGCCCGCAGGGUCGCCAUCCCGGUGCUGGUGCGGGACGGAAGGCCCUGCGACCGGAUCACAGUGCAGGACCUGGAGGCGACGCUCCGGUCCGGUUUGAGUCUCCCGCUCUGUGCCUACUCUCCACUGCUGCACCCCGGCCUGCAGCAGCAGCAGCACACCGGGGUGCAGCAGCUGGCGCACAUGUACCACUGGAGCUGGUGA